AUGGCCCAAGGCUCAGUCGAGCUCCGCCAUGUGAGUGCGGAUACAUUGAAUCACGAUGAACAGGAGUUGGACGUACUUGGUGCUAGUUCUGAACCUCAAGGCUCCAGUGCCGAAUUCUCCCUGCCACCUGUCGAUACUGGAGCGGCGGCGUGGCUAUUCUUAGCCGCUUGCUGGGGUGUUGAAGCCCUAACCUUUGGCUUUGGCUUCUCCUUUGGCGUGUUUCAAGAUUACUAUAGCUCGCAUGCCCCAUUCGAUGGCUCCGGUGGCAUCGCUGCCAUCGGCACUACUACAACGGGAAUCAUGUACAUUGGAACACCGUUUGUUGUUGCGUUAUGCCGCCUGUAUCCUCGCCAAGCCCGGUGGUUCACUCCUGUAGGCCUCGUUAUCGCUUCUUUAGCUUUGGCAUUGAGCUCAUUCUGCACCACCGUGCCUCAGCUGAUUGUAACCCAAGGAAUCUUGUACGGGGUCGGCAGUUGUUUUGCUUACUGCCCUUGCACCCUAUACAUUGACGAGUGGUUUGUUCGGCGAAAAGGGCUUGCUUACGGUAUAGUUUGGAGCGCCGCAGGCGCUGGAGGCGUGAUUCUACCUUUGGUACUCCAGGCUCUCCUCGAUAGUCUGGGCUUCCAGAAUGCUGUGAGAGUUGCCGCUGGCAUUCUCUUUGUCUUUUCGUUCCCUUUGACGAUAUUGAUCAAGCCCAGACUGCCAUACUCGCCUGUUACUCAUAGCAGGCCGCUCAACUUGCGAUUCGUUGCAUCGAAAAUCUUCAUCUUGUACCAAUUGGCAAAUGUCAUCCAGGCGACGGGCUAUUUCCUCCCAGCUAUUUACUUACCGACAUAUGCCCGCACGACGUUUGGAGCUUCACCUUUCCUGGCGGCGUUGACAAUCAUCCUAUUCAAUCUGGCCAUUGCCAUUGGUCUUAUAGUCAUGGGUUUACUAAGCGACAAGCUUGCAGUCACAACGUGCAUGGCCAUCUCAGCAGUAGGGGCAGCUAUAUCUGUCUUGGUAAUAUGGGGACUCACGGUAUCUUUACCUGUGCUAUACCUGUUUUGCGUCUUCUACGGCCUCUUUUCUGGCGGGUGGGCGUCGAUCUGGCCGGGAAUCAUGAGAGAGGUUUCUCAAAGAGGCGAAAAUGACAGAUAUGGGUAUGCUGAUCCUAUCAUGAUACAUGGCUGCCUCUGUGUGGCUCGCGGCGUUGGAAACGUUAUUUCUGGCCCGCUCAGCGACUCUCUUACUGCGAGUAUGCCCUGGCAAGGAAAAGCUAUAGGAGGGUAUGGGAGCGGAUAUGGUAUUUUGAUCCUAUAUACUGGUAUCACAGGGCUUUUGAGUGGGAUGAACAUCAUUUGGAAACGGUAA